UGGCAGAUCCAACCUGCUGGGUCGAUGCCCUCUGGAGCUGUGGAGCUGUUCAUCAUCAUCGCUGCCUCACGUCUCUCUCUCUCUCUCUGUGUCGGAUCCGUUAGAGGAGAAAUGGCUGCAGCUCUGUCCCGUGCCCUCAAAUUACCCGGGAAGAAGGGCUCGGAGCUCGGGGAGUACGACCCUCUCACCCAAGCAGACAGCGAGGACGAGAGCGAAGAGGACGACCUCGUGCUCAACUACCCCCGGAAUGGCCUCGGCAGGGACGGCUGCCUCGGCACGGGCUCCUCCAAGCUGCGAGGUGGCAGAUCGGGAAGACUCGUGGGGGCCGAAGAUGAUGAGGCACAGGAGGAGGACGAGGAGGAAGAGGAGGACGAAUGGAGAGAACGACUCCCCAGCAAGUCCAGGCAGGACAGAGACGACAUGAAAGGCAUGCAGUACUGGAGCCACAGGGACUCGGGCAGGGACAGGAGCGGGGAGGACAGAGGGGGGCCCGGGCCACUGGGGGGUGCCGGCCUGGGGGUUCAUAGUGCCGAGGCGGAACAAAAGAGGAUGAGGAUGAAGAAUGCUGUCCGAAGUGCGUUUUUCCUGGUGCCUCUGGUCAGCGCUGCGAUGCUCGUGCUGCUGUGUGCAUUUCUGAUUCCGUGCCAGAAGGACAAGAGGCCUCAAUGGGAGAUAGCACUGGGAGAUGCAGGAGGUGUCACUCCGCCAGCGCUGGCGUUGUGGGAUGUUGACGGUGAUUCAGUGGAAGAUGUGUUUCUGGGUGUUACUGAAUUGACCAAUGACACGCAUUCCACACAAGGGAACAAAAUUUACAGUGCGGUGGCCCUAUCUGCGGUCAACGGUCAGGUGCUGUGGAGUAAAGUCAUGCGGGAGCCUGUGAUGUACAUCCAGUGUGGUCUGCAGUACAGCACCCAGCCCUCACCUGUGGUCCUCCUCAUCAGCAAAUCCAUAAUCACGGCAGUCAACGGCACCUCAGGGAAAAACUUGUGGCCGGCCGGGCAUGGGAUUCAGAACAUUGAAUCCCAGGCGGUGUUAAUCCCAGACCUCCAGGGGGACUCGGUCCAAGAUCUGCUCAUAGCUACCCUGCCUGCAGACCCGGCUGUGGAUCUCUUCCUGACGUUGAUCUCCGGGCAGACGGGGGCGUCGAUCGGAAGUCCCGUGCCUUUCAACAUCACCGGACAAGGAAAGCUCAUCGGUCCUUUGCUGCAUGAGACACAGCAAGGGGCUUACUACAUCCUCUUUGGACUAGGUAAUGUAGAGGCCAUCUCUCUGGGCGAUAUCUACAUUCGCGCCACUGGCAAAAUGCCCAUAACUCAGACACUUAAAAAGAAGGAUCCAGUGUGGGAGAAACUCAAGAAAACCAACUCCUCCUCCUUCAUACAGAUUUACAGAGGAUCUGAGCAAGUGCAGUUCCUGCUCCCUCUUGUGGCCGGUUUUGGCAACAACCACAACAGCCUGGACACCGUUUCUUUCCUCAACUCCACCAAGAGUGACUGGGUGCUGGUGUAUGGCGUCAGCACCCAGUCACUGGUGUAUGGCUACAGCAAACUGUCAGUGCUCCGACAGAAGGACAUACGUAAAGAAUGGACCUUCAACUCAGCUCUCAUUUGCAGCCAACCCGCCCCAGGACACUUCAACGAUGACGGAAUCCUUGAUCUUUUCAUUCAGCAUUCAGCAAAUGGCACCAUGAAGGCGCUGGUUGUUGACGGGGCCAACGGGCAUCUACUCUGGUCAGCAGAGUUUGUGUGUCCUCAUCUUGUUUUGGAAACUUCAGCAAUCUCCACCUCAACUGGUCAAUCAGCUUUCCUCUUCUGGGCCAGCGAUCCAAUCAAAGCACAGAGGAAUGCCACCAAGACAACCGUGGCACCUAUCGUCGCAGCGGAGCCGCUCAUCAGAAAACUCUUCCUGUUGCACCCUGCAUAUCCCACAAUCCUGCUGGAGCUCACCAGCACCACAGACACCGCAGUCACCUCCGCAGUGAGCUACCAGGAACGUCAGAAAGACGCCUCCUACAUCACCGUAUCCUCCCGACCUACGCCCGACUCAAAGCCCGGUGCUCAGAUAGUCAAGAGCAUGAGCCUCAGAGCCGCCAUCACCAAAGGACAAAUAGUCCGACUAGAGGAAAGCAGCAAGCCCGGGGUAGCCGUUAAACCCGGCGUGUUUGAGGUCAACAAGUUCUUCAGGGGGUUGUCCUUUAAACACCAGGUGAGAAAGACGCAAGUGUGAGAUUAUUUGAGAUUUGUGGGUCAGUUUGAUUGAUUACACUCGAUGAUAAAUCUCGCUUAACUGUGUUGCUUUGUUUAGUGAUGAGCCCUGCGUCACAGGGGAGCAACUAAAAGGACUCACGUAAGGAUGAAAGGGACACAAGUCUGGUGGAUAGCUGCACUAAGGAGACAUUGAGAAUUCAUUUUGGAGGUGUAUAUACAUUUUGUUUGGUUCACUGAGUAUGAAUUUCUGUUACUUGACAUUUAUUUUCUGUAAAAACAUCAUUUGUAGGUAGGUUUUGUUUGUAUUACUUUUGGUUUUUAUUAUGUUUGUGAAAAUGAACAUGCUUAUUUAAAUUAUUUAACUUGGGGAAUCUUUGAAUAUUUCAUUGAAUGUUUACGAUUGUUUGGACUUGAUUGCGAGAAAGGUAACUUUAUACUGUAGUUUAUUACGGACAGUGAAGCAUAAUAAUCCUGAUGAAAGAACAUGUAAAUGUGUUUACAGUAUGCAGCACUCAUAACUCCUCCGAAGCCAGUAUAUUCAUGUUGUCAUAAAGCCACUGAUAGUGUUCCUUCCGCUCAUCACCAAGCUAACAGUAUAUGGAGUCUGUAAAUAUUUAAUGCUGUACAGUAUUUAUUGAAUUGCUUUUACGUUUAGAUUUUUUCUUGUUUUAUUUGUUGAUUUAUGUUGUUGAAUAUUUUACGGUUAUAUAAUCAUAUAAUUUAUUGAUUUUUUUCUCAGAAUAUGUGGCUGCUAAAGGUUAUGGCAAUUUAAAUGUACGCUGCAACUUCGCAAUAUCACCAGUUAAAGUGUGAAAAUCAAU